CUUCCUAUUCUUCUUCUUCUUGUAGCCUACUCGGAGCCCAUAUAAAUAUCAGUCCCCGUUGAAUUUUCAACGUUCCAGAUCCCCAUUUUGCUCUCUCUCUCUCUCUCUCUCUCUCUCUCUCAGACAAGCACAAACACAAGCAAUCUCCAGAACAAAAUCAUCAAAAUGGGAGCUUUACUGAAGCUCACAGACGCCGUGCUCUUUCUCUUCUUUCUGGUGAUCGCACUCGCAGCGCCGCUGAUAGACGCGCAGACGUGUCUUCCUCUCAGCUUGUUCCCGCAAGUGAUCGUCGACCUCAAGAACUGGUACUCCCACGAGUACGGCGACUAUCUUGUGGCGGAGAAGCCCCAUUUCUUCGUGGGGAUUGUGUGGCUCGAGCUUCUCUUUCAGUGGCCACUCGCGUUGCUCAAUUUGUAUGGGAUUCUCGGUGGGAAGCCUUGGUUUGAUACCACGUGCCUGCUCUAUGGGGCCUCUUGCUUCACCUCCAUGGUUACAAUAUUAUCAGAACUAAUGGGGUCUGGAAAGGCAUCUGAUAAGCUGUUGAUGAUGUACUUCCCUUUCUUGGGUCUAGGUGUUUUAGCCAUUCUGCGUGGGCUGCUGCCACACUCUGGCAAGACCACUUCUUCAGCCAUUGGCAAGAGACCUCUGUUGGGCAGGAAAAAGAGGGUUUGAGAUACAACUAAGCUGCUCAAAUUUUGUAACUUUGAGUGGGUUUGAAAUCAUUUUGGUGACUUCCUGAUUUAGUCUUGAUGUGUUUUGAAGGUUUUGAUGUAGUGGUGGAACCCCUAACCAAGAUAUGGUGUUAUUUUUAACUGGUUUGAUUGUCAUCCAUUUUCGAUUAAUGAGUAAAAGGAAUUUGUAUGGUUGGACUUAGAGAUGGUUUCUCUUAAGCUUGACCCUGGAGCUUAUUGCUGUUAUUCUCCCAAAUUGUUUGUGUAAAUUUCGUGUCUACCUUAUUAGAAAUGGUAUUUGGAUUCUCUGUGCAAUGUAUCCCUUCACCACUCUGUUAAUUUCAUUGAAGAUGAAAGAUCCCUUAAUUACAGAAAGGCAGGCUUUACUUUAUAUGAAGAAAAGAACAAAAGGAUCAUGUGAUUGUUAAAGCAGAUGGCUAGCAUGACUGGCAGAGUCUCAAAGCAUGUGGCUUUCUAUAGAUUGUUGGUAUCAGUGGAUUUGUGUGAGAGAUUAAGAUAUUUAAUUGGCCACUGGGGGAACACAGGACCUUAAUUCUUGAAGGUGCAUGGAAAAGCUAGACUUCCCCAUUAUAUUAGAAGAUCGGGCAAACGGUUGUGUGAAGUUUUACAGGUCUUACCAUUGUUCUCUUGGCAUGCAUGUAUAGCAGCUCUGUUCCAAGAUAUCUUUUUGGCAUUAUACUUCCAAAGAUUCAUCAGGUACAACUAGGGAUGUAAUUGAGCCAAGUAUUGACCAUUUGAAUUGAGCUUGGUAAAACCGUGUAGAUGAUUGAACUUGGCUCGGCAGAACCUAUCGCGUACUACUGACUACAGUUUAGAAAGGUUGAGUAUACACGUGUAAGUGUAGACAUGUUUUGAGUCUUACAUUGGAAAUAUGUCAUGAGUGUGAGUGAUUAAUAAUAAAGCAUAGUUGAGUUUAAACGUUUA